AUGGAGCCCUUAUUCCAGUUACACGUCGAGGACAUCGAUAUGUUGCUGCUGAACAUGAAGGAGAGAUUGAUGUUGCACGACGAAUACUCCCAAAUCACGUGCAUCGAAAGAAUAUCCAAGCUAUUCAAAAGUGGUGGCGCUGCGAGCAAAGAGGCGGUACUUUCAAAGUUGAUCAAGUUCGACGUUCUCUCGACUAUAUUCGAGCUUCUACAAACUCUCAGCGAGCGUCUUCUUCCAAAUAUCCUCGAUUUCCUGAGCAUGGUUAUCGUGUAUCGAAAGUUUUACGAAAGUCACGUGGCCACCGAUGCAGUGGACUCCAUUCUGAAGGUUACAGUUUGCAUUCUAAAGGCUCGUUGUAAGGAAACCCAGUUGCUGGAGAAGCUUAUUUCGAUCAUCUACGAUAUUCUGCACAGAGCAGUAGAAUUUAACGUGGAUUUCAACUUAGUCUGUGUCCCGCGACAAGUACUGAUCCUCCUGAAGCCUUUGAUCUUAGAGGAUUCUUGGGAUCAGAAGAUAAAGUUCUCCUCCGUUGCACUAUUGAAUCUCGUUCUUGAAAACGUUGACGCUGAGGACGAAUGGGGCGACGACGUGUACGAACUCUGCCACAAAGCUCUCAAUUUAAUGAAAGAGAUCGUCGAGUAUAGCGACCACGACGUCUCGGUCUCGCACGCUGCGGAUGCAUUGUGCGCUGUUUGUGCCUCAGCCACACGAUUAUGCAUCGCGGAAGACGAUGUCCGAGGAAUUUUCGAUAAAGUUUCGCAAGUUAAGGCAACUUUGACAAAGGCAAUUCGCACAGUGACGAUGAAUACGUUGGUGUCCUACGUUAAAAACACGGAGUCAAACGAAACGGACAGGGUCAAAUUCCAUAGGAACCUCGUGACUUGUCUGAACAACCUUUACAAGCUGAGCAGUAGCUGCGGCCGCGACAACUUGUCAAACCACUUGACCGCCAACGGAUAUCUGAAGUACUUCUUGUUGUUAACCACCAGGCUUCCAGAAAUUUUACGACGCAGCACCUGCGUGCUACUAUCGCGGAUUAUAGCUACAUUAGCUGAUAAAUCCAUGCCGAUUGGUCAGUCUAGCAAUAGGGAAGCGAGCUUCGAGAAUCUGAUACAUCGUGGACUCUUGAAUCUUCCGAAGGAUCCAGAACGAUGGAGAAACGUCGUGGCUCGUGAUCAAGGGAACAGCUCGACUGCCUUUAUGACACUAACCUAUUAUCAUUUCCACGGGACCAGAGAGACCGACCUGAUAUGCUUGAAAUCGCUGAUCGCGAGGACUGUCAAUCUUCCUAAAUCCGAGCAGACACCGGCGCAAAUUUUGAAAGUUUUAUGGUUUCUGUUUGCUGUCGCGUUCGUAUCGCAUCCAUCACCGCGCUUGGAACAGGAUUACGACAGAGCCGUGAAACGAUUGGCAGCUGCGUUGCAAUAUUCCAAGCUGAACGACUGUUACACUCAUCACAUAGAUCUACUGCAUUAUUGCCUGAAGUGUCCUGAAUUCCCCAAGGAUCUACGAAACAGAGCGAUGGACCUUUGGCUGGUGGAGUCCGAUGGCGACAUCCAGCCUUUGUUGCACCUGGAUUGCGGACAAGUUGUGCAACAUUAUCUGCUGCUUGUCAUACAAAUGGGAUACUCGGAUAAGAUAAUCAACCUAGCAAUGAAAGGGAUUAGAGAGAUGGUACGCGUGGAUAAUGCCAAGGAUAUUGCGGAGAUUGCCUGGCACAUGUUGCCUAAUCUUCUUUCGUCCUAUCAGCCAUCGAAAGACGAACAAAUUAAAGCCGUGUUAGAAUUAACCAACGUCUCCAUACCGGACUCACUGUCACCUAGCAUCAGGAACCGCUGCGCAGACAGUCUCAUAGCCAUCAUCCUACGUCGGGAAGCGGACUUGAAGCUGAGGACAUUGGCAAUAAUGCAGUCGUACGCGUUGCUGGUCACGUCCGCAACGAUCAAGCCGUUUACGAUCCUGGAAAAGUAUUGCACGACGUCGGGCUUCUUGGAGGAGAUGCUGGUGCAAGGUUUCUCCACGGAUACGCCGGAAUUGUCCGCAGUCUGCCUGAAAUUCCUCGCAUUUAUCGUACACUGCCAGGGAAUAUCGACGAUCCAGCGUGAUAAGCCGGUGACGAUUGACGUGCAGAGCUUAGCCGAUUUGCUGUUAAAUACGAGGAGAUCCGUCCACUCGUCGAUCAAUGGAAUGCAACUCACGCUGGAACUUUUAACUCAAAAUAUUGACGGAUUACCUGUCAGGCUGGACGAGAUCCAUGGCGAUCGGCCAGAGGGUGUGAUCAAUCUCUACGAGACUCUUCUUAUCGUGCACGAAAGAAGUGAUCCAACGCAGAGAGACGUCGUGUACCAGUGUCUCGAGGGCACCUUAAGAUUUUGCCACAAGCACAUGGAGUCGCUGAUGUAUCACAUGUGCACUUUGAUGAGCAACUACGAUAUCGUAUCUUACAUCCUGCAAACGCGCCACGUGACCUGCCACUUUCUGGAGUUCGUUUCUACCUGGCUCCGCUAUCGCAGAAGAUACUGCACCGACGAAGGUCCGUGGAACGCGAGAUCUCUCUGCAAGACACCGUUCGAGGAAACUUUGGAUCAGAUCAAGAGCUACGCGAACACGGCGAAGGAUUCGAGGACCGAUGCUGCGUUCAACUGUCUCCUCUACGCGGUGAGUGUUUCAGCCAGCAGAGAUAUCGUUGCUUUGGUUACAAAAUCAGCGUGUUACUUCUAG